GGCUGCGGGGACACAAAGUUAAGCCACAGGACUCCACAGCGAGCAGCUCAGGGCGUUUCACUGCGGCCCGCUCCGCCCACGGGCCGCGCCCCUCGGCAGGCCGCCACUCUCCGACGCUCCGCCCCGCCCGCCGCGGGGCCGGAAGCCGCUGCCGGGUGCCCUGUGAACCGGGAAGGGCUCGGUUUGAAUGAGAUCCGGCUGAUUCACCGCGGCCCGGGCGGCUCCGGCCCAGACAGAAGGGAACAAUCAAAAUACCUUUUGCCAACUUUGGAAGGAAAAGAGGAAAGAGACCUACUCUUGUCAUCUUUAAAGUCAAAAAGUGGGAGCUGCUGCCGUGUUUGUUCUCUGAGCACUUCUUGCUGAGCACCAGAAAUAUGGAUAGACUUCUGCGACUGGGAGGAGGUAUGCCUGGGCUGGGACAGGGGCCACCAACAGAUGCUCCUGCGGUCGAUACAGCAGAACAGGUUUAUAUCUCUUCCCUUGCACUGCUGAAAAUGUUGAAGCAUGGUCGUGCUGGUGUCCCUAUGGAAGUUAUGGGUCUGAUGCUUGGUGAAUUUGUUGAUGAUUAUACUGUGAGAGUGAUUGAUGUUUUUGCAAUGCCACAGUCUGGAACGGGUGUCAGUGUGGAGGCAGUUGAUCCUGUAUUUCAAGCAAAAAUGUUGGAUAUGCUGAAACAGACGGGAAGACCUGAGAUGGUAGUUGGUUGGUAUCAUAGUCAUCCUGGCUUUGGCUGUUGGUUGUCUGGUGUAGAUAUCAAUACUCAGCAGAGCUUUGAAGCCUUAUCAGAAAGAGCUGUUGCUGUGGUGGUGGAUCCCAUUCAGAGUGUAAAAGGAAAGGUUGUUAUUGAUGCCUUCAGAUUGAUCAAUGCUAAUAUGAUGGUCUUAGGACAUGAACCAAGACAAACAACUUCAAAUCUGGGUCACUUAAACAAGCCAUCUAUCCAGGCACUAAUCCAUGGACUAAACAGACAUUACUAUUCCAUCACCAUCAACUACAGGAAGAAUGAACUAGAACAGAAGAUGCUGCUAAAUUUGCAUAAGAAGAGUUGGAUGGAAGGUUUGACACUUCAGGACUACAGUGAACAUUGCAAACUCAAUGAAACAGUAGUGAAAGAGAUGUUAGAACUAGCUAAGAAUUAUAACAAGGCUGUUGAAGAAGAAGAUAAGAUGACACCUGAACAGCUGGCAAUAAAAAAUGUUGGCAAGCAGGAUCCUAAACGUCAUUUAGAAGAGCAUGUGGAUGUGCUGAUGACCUCAAACAUUGUCCAGUGUCUAGCUGCUAUGUUGGAUACAGUUGUAUUUAAAUAACUGAGUUACCGUUUGUGAUACUUCCUGUGUAUAUUUGUUUAUUGUUUCUAAUACUCACAAAACGGAGACUGUUGGGGCUCUAUUUGAUUAAACAGAGACAUCUGACUUCAUUUGCAAUGUAAGUGCAGCACUAUAACACCUCUCAGUCUCUAAUUGUGCAUUUGCUUCCGUUUCUUUAUGUCAGGGUCCUCACAGAUUCCAAAGCAUUCAGGAACACAAUGUGGGAAAAAAAAUGUAGUACGUUUUCAUUUAAUAUUGGGGGGGCAAUCAGUAGUACAUAUAUAUUUUGAUUGUUGCAUCAUAAUAAAAAUACAUUUACAAACCUG